AUGGGCUUCUUCCUGCUCAACCUCUCCCUCACAGACCUGGGCUCCAUCUGCACCACUGUCCCCAAAGCCAUGCACAGUUCCCUAUGGGACACCACAACCAUCUCCUACACAGGAUGUGCUGCACAGGUAUUUUUCUUUGUCUUCUUCAUGGCAGCAGAGUAUUUCCUCCUCACCAUCAUGUGCUACGACCGCUACGUUGCCAUCUGCAAACCCCUGCACUACGGGACCCUCCUGGGCAGCAGAGCUUGUGCCCACAUGGCAGCAGCUGCCUGGGCCACUGGGUUUCUCACUGCUCUGCUGCACACAACCAACACAUUUUCUCUGCCCCUGUGCCAGGGCAAUGCCCUAGGCCAGUUCUUCUGUGAAAUCCCUGCCAUCCUGAAGCUCUCCUGCUCACACUCAGACUACCUCAGGGAAAUUGGGCUUCUUAUAAUAAGUUGUUUGUUAGGUUUUGGCUGUUUUGUUUUCAUUGUUUUCUCCUAUGUGCAGAUCUUCAGGGCUGUGCUGAGGAUCCCCUCUCAGCAGGGACGGCACAAAGCCUUUUCAACGUGCCUCCCUCACUUGGUCGUGGUCUCCCUGUUUCUCAGCACUGGCAUAUUUUCUGACCUGAAGCCCCCCUCCAUCUCCUCCCCAUCCCUGGAUAUGGUGGUAUCUGUUCUGUACUCGGUGGUGCCUCCAGCACUGAACCCCCUCAUCUACAGCCUGAGGAACCAGGAGCUCAAGGAUGCCAUAAGGAAAAUG